UUAAAAAAAAAUACCCCGUAACAUCCCAUUACUCAAAACAAAAGGGACAUUUUAUAUGAGAUAUCAAUAACGAGUUCGCUCGGCCGGGAGUUGGAGGAAGAUUUCUCCGGAGCAUUUUCGGACCAGAAGAAGAAGAAAACCCGGCGGAGAGACUUGUUGCUUCACCGCGGUUUGGACGGGGAUUUUUUUUUUUUUUUUUUCAUCGCCAUCGAAGUUUUGUGUCUCUCCCUAGUCUGCUCCAGGCUUCAGCUUGGAGAGCCCAACCGCCACGAUUGAUCCCAGCAGCUGGAGCGGCAGCGAAAGCCCUGCCGAGGACAUGGAGAGGAUGAGCGACUCGGCAGACAAGCCCAUGGACAAUGAUGCUGAGGGGGUGUGGAGCCCUGAUAUUGAACAGAGCUUCCAGGAGGCCCUGGCCAUCUAUCCUCCUUGUGGACGGAGGAAGAUCAUCCUCUCUGAUGAGGGAAAGAUGUAUGGUCGAAAUGAGCUGAUAGCCAGAUACAUCAAGCUUCGGACCGGGAAGACGAGGACUCGGAAGCAGGUGUCUAGUCACAUACAGGUCUUAGCAAGAAAGAAAGUUCGAGAAAUCCAAGCUGCCAUUAAGGUGUCUAGUCACAUUCAGGUUCUUGCCAGAAGGAAAUCUCGUGAGUUUCAUUCCAAGCUAAAGGUUACAAGCAUGGACCAAGCCGUGAAGGACAAAGCCCUCCAGAGCAUGGCCUCCAUGUCCUCGGCUCAGAUUGUUUCUGCCACGGCUAUUCACAACAAGCUGGGCCUGCCAGGCAUCCCGCGCCCAGCCUUCCCUGGAGCAGGGUUAUGGCAGGGUAUGAUAUCGGCGGGUCAGGCAGGAUCCUCACAAGAUAUCAAGCCUUUCACCCAGCAAGCCUAUCCCAUCCAGCCAGUCACAACAGCCAUUUCAAGUUACGAGUCCACAGCAGCUCCAACGGCACCAGCAUGGCAGGGCCGCUCCAUCGGUACAUCUAAACUCCGACUGGUGGAGUUUUCCGCCUUCCUAGAGCAACAGAGAGACCCAGACACAUACAACAAGCACCUAUUUGUACAUAUCGGACAGACAAAUCAUUCCUACAGUGACGCCCUGCUGGAGUCUGUGGACAUUCGUCAGAUUUAUGACAAAUUCCCAGAAAAGAAGGGAGGACUGAAGGAGCUGUAUGGAAAAGGCCCCCAGAAUUCCUUCUUCCUUAUAAAAUUCUGGGCGGACUUGAACUGCAACAUUCAAGAUGAUUCUGGAUCUUUCUACGGAGUCACGAGUCAGUACGAGAGCUCGGAGAACAUGACCAUAACGUGCUCAACGAAGGUCUGCUCCUUUGGCAAGCAGGUGGUUGAGAAAGUUGAGACUGAAUAUGCGCGGUUCGAGAAUGGACGCUUUGUCUACCGGAUAAGCCGGUCUCCCAUGUGUGAAUACAUGAUCAACUUCAUUCAUAAACUCAAACAUCUGCCAGAGAAAUAUAUGAUGAACAGCGUGCUGGAAAACUUCACUAUUUUAUUGGUUGUGACGAAUAGGGACACCCAGGAGACGCUGCUAUGUAUGGCGUGUGUGUUUGAGGUUUCAAACAGCGAGCACGGCGCCCAGCAUCAUAUCUACAGACUGGUAAAGGAAUGAGAGGCUCCGAGCUCCCCCUCCCCUAAUCCCCCCCUCUUUUCAUGGAUUUACCAACCUCAAGACAAGUGGCAGUGCCUCUACCUGAAAGUCACACCUACAAUGCUUUUUGGUCAUGGUAUCGGGUGAAGUCAGUUGUUAUAAAUUUGUUUUAAUAUAAAGUGUUUGUUAUUUGACUGCAGCUGUGAAAUUGCGGUACAGUUGUUUUAUGUUUAAAUACGAGAAUUCUCGUUUAUAAUAUGUUGAGUUGGUCUCUGUUGGGUAUAAAUGUGGCCGUUUUUAAAGAAUUUACUAGAUUAAUUUGAUAAAUGGAAAUAUGUGUGUUGUCUUCUUCUGCUUUGUUAUGUAGAUUAAGAAAAAAAAAAGGAUGCUGGCCUUUUCUUUCAGCGGCCUGAUGUGGUCUGUGUAAUAUGUUUGAGUGUGUUUUGUGCGUUUGUAGUUCAUAAUUUGUGAGCGUACAUACUGUAGAUAUACAGACAUGCAUCCACAGCCAAUAGAUUUUCCAAAGAAACUAAACUUACAAAACACUACACGGACAGUUGGAAGCAAGUGGUUAUAUAUGUUGCAGAAUUACUGAAUUACUGAUAUUUCUUUGAAGAAACUCUGCUUUCAGCAGUAUAUUUAUCCCUGUUGAAGCACUCCAGGUCUUAGACACUAACAACAGAAUUAAUGCACUGUGAAAAUACUAAAAACAUGUUGCCUGCAUCUGCUCCCUGAAUGUAGGAAGUCUUACCACCUGCUAAGCAUUUCUGUGCUGUCUUUUCUCUGUGACAACUGAUGGGAAAGUACUGCGAAAAUUACUCAACAACAGACUCAUCUUGUCCAAAAGCAUUUUGUUCCCCCGCCUGGACUUGCCUUAGUGAUGCUUACUUUUUUUCUUGUAGAGCUGUGUUUUAAGAAUAACACUUUAAAUAUACAGCACACUAUAAAUUACGUGUAGACAGAAGGCCUUGUUCAGUACGCUGUGGCUUCGCCCCCUGAAAGGCUCAGAAUAUCGUUCUGGUGUACAAACCAGUGUUGCUGCCUUCACGUUCACACUAUGUUGACAUGUUUCCGUGGCCUAUGCCGAUCCCGAGCCUUAAACAUGUUAUAGCUGUGAGAACUCCAAAAGAUGCCCCUUAAACUGUGAUCUCUACGCAGGAAGACUCUUUUAUGUUUGCAUUGUGUGAGAAAUUCUCAAUCCUAUCUGCCAAAGUGUGGAUGUACAGUGCCUUAGAAUACACUCUAACAUUACCCGUUGCUUUGUUUAAAGCCUAAAAUCAGUUUUGUGGAUCAAACAGGCAAAAAUAACUGACUGCUAUGUUACUUCUUCACAUCUGACAAAUUAUGUUUUAUACAAUUGGUACACUCCUAGAAAUACAGCUUUUGUGUUGAAGUGUGCGAAUUCAAGCUCAGAAACAGUUAUAACACAGGUUAUAUUUUCCUCUGAGGCUGUAAAUGUUCCUAAAUGUACCUUUUUUAAGAGUGUACUACAAACACAGACUGACUGCCUUUCCUGUCAUAAAAGACCAAAAAUACAGAGAUACAGUCAAUCGUUUGUCCUGUCCUGCAUGGUAGCAAGGAAGUGCCUUUGGUAUACAAUUUCCAGCUUCAACAAGAUCAAACAGAAAUUACAAAUUUAAUGUUGCUAGACCAAAAAUGAGACAUAAGUGAAACCAAUCACCACAUUGCCUUUUUAAAGGAUUAUUAUGACAGCAGGUUACUGGUAAACAAAGAUAAACGAUAUAUUCAUUUUCAUUAAUUAUACAAAUGAUGUAUUUGAAGAAAACCUUAUUUCUUUGCUUGAGGUCAAAGACUUACCUGCUGAUAACGUACAGCCGCUGACUGCAUGCAGGAUGUCUACUCGUCUGGACACCGCAGCUGUUUGCUCCGUGCACACUUGCAGGUUCAAGUGUUUUUUUAAUAAAAGGUUUUUGGAAACAUUACAGUUUCCUCUCUCCUGCAUCCACAACCUCGACGAUGUGAAAACACCACAAUGUUACCUUUGAUAAUGCAGCAGACACAGCUGUGAUGUCCUCGAGGGACCGACACAAGCUUUUAUAAUUUAUCUUUCAGAACGAAAAGGGAACGUUUAUUUAAUUAUUCUACACUACAAAUUGUAUAACUUUUAAUGUGGUUGAAAUUGUUUUCCAAAACCUGUUUGAGAUGCUGUUUCAGAAACUCAUUUUUCACAAGUGCUAGUGUAGACGAGGCCGUCAAGGUUAAUGCUUUUCACCGUAAGGACCAUAGCUACUCGUACUAUUAUAAAGUAUUUUAAUGGAAGAAGCUCUAAAUAAUUGCAGACAAUGUCUCUGGUGGAUGCAGAUAAAGUUCAAUCAAUCAUUCAGUAUUUUGCCACAGUCCUGUGGACACUGUGGAGUUUUAAUAGGCUUUCUUUUCUUUGCGUUUACCUUGUAUAUCUGUUCACAUUUAUUGAUUACUUAGUGAGAUGUUUUCUUAUUGUACUUGUAUACAGUUGUACUUGGUUUUGUGAUGACUUUCUUUAUCUGUAUAUUGCAAGCCCAUUAAGAUGGUAUAAUGAUUUUGCUGCUGCACUGCUGGUACAUUUUGACAUGUCGUUUCAACACGAAAACAGCAGGACUGAUGCCUUCGAUGUCAUGAAUGUCUGGUGGACCAUUGGAAGAGAAUAUGGACACAUAAAAAAAAAUUAAAAGAAAUCAGCCAAGUCGAGGAAUCAUGAUAUAAACAUAUCAGCAGUUUAGCUCUUGUUAUUUGUAAAUCUGUGGAAAGAGUAGGUACUGGUACCUUUUUGUUUUAUGACCAUUUUAAGAUGGUGGCUUUAAAGUGAUUUUUCACGUAGCUCACAUAUAGUUGUCAUACACACAUAUGGGUUUUGUGUGCAGACUUGUUUUUUUUGUAAAAAGGUGCUUUGUACAAAAUGAUAUAUCUUAGCUUUUCUUGGUACAGAUGUGUGAUAUCUUUUCGUAUCCAUGACGGUAAAGUGUUGGAGCAAAGGAGAGAAAAGAUGCUCUGCUAUGUUUCUGUGUUCUGUAUAUGGUCUUGUCUUUGCUCCGUUACAUUAUGAUGCCUUCUUGAUAAUAGUAGUUUUUGUAGCUUUCUAGAUACUUUGUAUGUAUACAAUAUUGAAGUUAAAUAAAUCUGAAAAUAC